GAAAAAGUACGGCUGCAAUUAUUUCUUUAUUCAGAAGGGCAAUUAUUUUUUUCCCUCCCACAAAUUAUUUACAGGAAAUCUUUUUCAAACCGGCCUCUCUGCUCUCUCACUCUAUGCUAGUAUCUCCAUAUCCAUGGUUAGAGGAAUGCUCUUCCCUGCUGGACUCACGGUCCUAAUUGUUGUUCUUGUCCUAGCCCAUGAAGUUUGCAGUGCCAAGGAUAGUCAUCAUCACUCAUGUCCUCCUUCUUCCUGCGGAAAUAUUCAGAAUAUAAGCUAUCCGUUUCGGUUGGAAGGCGAUCCACCAAUGUGCAGAGAUCAAAGGUAUAAUCUGUCUUGUGAGAAUAACCAAACAGUGUUAUACUUAUAUGCUGGAAAAUACUACGUACGGGAAAUCGAUUACGGUAUGUACACAAUCCGAGUUGUAGACGCAGAUAUGAAGAAAGACAAAACCUCCUUCAUCCCUCGCUAUUUUCUAAACCGCUACAAUUUCAGUUCAGGGGAUCCAUAUUCCUUACGUUAUCCACAUAACAUAUAUGUCCUUUGUGAUAGUGGUCAGUACCGGCCGAUAGGGUACCUUUUGGGUUGGUACGAUGUCGGUAUGCGAGAAACGGGUUUGGUUUGGGUGAAGUGUGAAAAGCCAAUGAUUUCUUAUCACUAUUUGGAUACGUCUACAUGCUUGAGUAAUGGGGGAGUGAAUUCCUCCAACUCUUCUCUAUUCCAUUCCAAGAGCUACCGAUAUGUUUUAUAUUCCGACUAUAUAUCUCUAGACGAUUUGGGGGACUCUUGCCAAAUAGAGCAAAUGUUUCCGAAAGCGUCGCAUAGUGGUUCCCCAAUUAGGUGUUCAGACGUUUACGAUCGAGUGGCCGAUGGUUUUAAGCUUUCAUGGGUGCAAGUUCUGUGUCAGAACUUCAGAGGAGAUGACAGUUGCUACCUCAAUCACGCGAAUUUCCCUGCUCAGUGCCCCUAUCCCAGUUCUAAACUAUCCGAGAUUCUUGGAAAAGCUAUUGAAGUCGUUACCAAAACACUGCUACCGCAGAUCAUCGAAGACAUAUUUUUUGAGCAAUCCGGAGAAAAUGGGCCAGACUAUGAUCUCACUUUGGGAAAACUAGGGAUAAUCAUGAUCACCUAUGGCGAGGAUACAGAAAUCAAGGCGAGAACUUUCCCAUUUGGUAGCCUCUCGACUGGAGCUGCUAGUAUGGUUGUGAUUGGUAAGAGCAAGCAAAUUCAUUCCAGGUACUAAAAACAGGGUUCGUGUAAAGCGAAUGCAUUUGUAAGGCUUUGGUCUCCAUGUGUUGUAGGUUUUGAGAGAUAGAAUCUGCUUUCCAAGUUUUGAAAUCCACCUAUAAAUGGAUUAUUUAGAAUUUUUGUUUUCGGAGAGCAUAUA